AUGGCGGGGACAUACAAUGACAUCUCUGUGCUUGACCACUCACCACUAUUUGAUAGGUUCAUUCAAUGUCAAACCUCACAAACUCCUUACAAGGUAAAUGGUAGGGUGUAUCACAUUCCAUACUAUCUGACUGAUUGUAUUUACCCUCACUAUGCCACAUUGAUCCAAUCAAUCAAGCAUCCGCGAAUAGAAAAAGAGAAACAUUUUGCAAGGAAACAGGAGGCCGCACGAAAGGAUGUCGAGAGAGUUUUUGGGGUUUUGCAAGCCAAAUGGGUGAUAACGCAAGGUCUAAUGAGAUUUUGGGAUACAGAAAUCAUAAAGAACAUUACGCAAUGCUGCAUCAUAUUGCAUAAUAUGAUAAUAGAGGAUGAGCGACACCUUGGAAUAGAACCGUGGCAACCACUUGGUGGGGAAAGUAUUCCAGAUAAUUUGCUUCACCAUUAUGAGGAAUGGUUGGGAACUUACAUCCAUUCACGUAUGCAACAGGUUAGGGAUAAGUCAAUUAACGGUAUGCUAAGGAAUGACUUAAUGGACCAUUUGUGGAUGAAUUUCGGGGGAGAGAGUAGUCAUUUGUAG